UUAUAACAGCACCAGGAGUAGUGGAACUGGAAUAGGCGUGCCCAACUCCUUCAUCACCCUUGCUUUUUAAAACUGCCCUUAGAGUUUAUGAGGACAUUUUUGUUGCUUGUCUGCUGAAGGAGAAACAAGACGAACGGAGAUUAUUUGCUGGGUGGCUGCUGUAGGAAUUCCCGUUUUGUUUCAGCCUCUGCCACUGAAGCAAAUUCACCUUUCAGCUUCAAGCCAGAACAGAGUCAAGAUCUUCUUUUCAGACAAGUAAUUCACUCUGAGGCACUAUGACCACUGAAGGCCCCCCCAGAGGCUGUGGCAACAUAAGUAGUGACUAUUACCUCCUCUGUGACACUGUCAAAGAUUGGGGCAUUGUUCUAGAAAGCCUGGCUACAGCUGGUGUUCUCACCACCAUCAUCCUCAUACUGGCGCUUUUUUGCCUCAUCUGUAAAGUCCAAGACAACUGUAAGAGAAGCCUGAUCCCAGUCCAGUUCUUCUUCCUUCUGGGCACUCUAGGAAUCUUUGGCCUCACCUUUGCCUUCAUCAUCAAGCUUAAUGAAAGAACUGCCCCCACUCGCUUCUUCCUUUGGGGAGUCCUCUUUGCCCUCUGCUUCUCCUGUCUCCUUGUCCAUGCCUUCAACCUUAUCAAGCUGGUGAGAGGAAGAACCCCAAGUUCAACACCGAUGUCACUGGUUAUCACCUUCAGCCUCACCAUUGUACAAAUUAUCAUAGCCAUACAGUAUGUAAUCAUCAAUAUAGAAACACUCAAGCAGAAAAAUGAGAUGGAUCAACAAAGCCGUGAUGACUUUGUUUUGCUUCUAAUCUAUGUGCUGUUCCUCAUGGCCCUGCUCUUUGUUGUCUGUUUGUUUGUAUUCUGUGGGCCAUACAGAAGGUGGAAGAGGCAUGGAGCACACAUAUUCAUCACUAGCUUGUUCUCCAUUGGUAUCUGGGUGGCCUGGAUCACCUUGCUGAUGAAACCCAAUCGAAACAGCAGCUGGGAUGAUCCCGUUAUGAGUGUUGCUCUGGUAGCUAAUGGAUGGGUCUUCCUGAUUUUGUAUGCAGUGCCUGAAUUUUGCUUCCUUACUGCUCCAGAAAAGCCUGGAGACUACCCUCCAGAAAAUAAUUUCUGCCAGCCUAAACACAUGAAGAAAACUUAUGGAGUAGAGAACCGAGCCUAUGCUCAGGAGGACAACACAGCAGCUCCAGAAGAAAUUGGGGACCAUCCAUAUAUUCCUUAUUCAACUCAUUUUCAGCUGGAGACCCUUGAGUCUCAACAGGAUUUUUCCAUCCCACGACCUAAAACACGGCCUAGUCCAUACCAAGGAUAUGCUGGCGGGAAAGGGGUCAAGUAACAGCUGUCAAGGAGUACCAGGAAAAACAGUGCAGAGUUGCCUGAGGGCUGGAAAUCCUCACAAAUAAUUCGGUGCUUCAGUUAUAUUAAAACAAUGAUGGAACUCAAUGGUACUGUGGAUGAAGGAAGAUUUGCUUUCUUUUUUCUCUGAAAUGCUGUUAUAUUUGUUUCUGCACAUAUGGCACUUUAUACUUUUUCAUUCAUCCAUUUCCUUCUUUUAAUGAAUCUCGAUGGCUUUUCUGAGUUCCGCUGAGGCACCUUCACCUUAGCAUUUUGGCCAAACUAAUUUUACCUCACAAUAUAAGAGCAUGAAAAAGACAGUCCUUCCCAUUCAUGAACUGUUGAAGGAAGUGGGAGUAAAAAGCUGAGUGACUACUCUUGGUCUAGAUCUUUUGAUGCAUCUGAAACACUGAAAUUGGCAAGAAGAGUCAAUGAUAAUUUGCUUCUCGCAGGUAGCUUGUCAAUGACUGUUCUUAAUUUCAUCAAUAGUAUUGUAAUUAUACUGGGUCCAUAUAACAUUGUCUUCAUAAAAUGCUACAACUAGGGUUACUAGGCCGAGCUUAGCAACUGGUGGGAGGGCUGCAGGUGGGGACUUGGGGGGGGGGGGUGCGAUGUAGGCAACAUCAGUGAUGCUACUAUGUCACUUUCAGCCCAAGUAAAACCUGGAAAUAAUAAAGGGUAGCUAUGGGAAUCAAGGAAACUCUAUAGUAAAACCACAGAGUUUCUGGCAAUUCCUAGAGCCAACCACUGGUGGCUCUAGAGCCAACCACCUAGUGGCCAACCACUUUGUCACUUCCAGAUUUUACCUGGAAGUAAUGUAGUAACAUCAGCUACAUUGUCGUUUUAAAUUUUUUUUCUCCUGCUGCCAAUCGGAGUGGCAGCGAGCAAUGGGCAGACUUCCAGCUAUAAUAGGAGGCCAGGCAAGCCAACUAUAACCUUUCCUAGCAACUCUCAUACCUGCUAAGAUAAGAAGAGUCCUGCUGGAUCAGUUCAGUGGUCCAUCUAGUCCAGCAUCCUGUCUGAUACAGUGGCCAACCACUUUCUCUGGAGGGCCAUCAACAGGGCACAGAGGCUGAGGCCUUCCCAGGAUUUUGCCUCUGGGCACUAGUAUUCAGAGGUGUAUUGCCUCUGGAUGUGGAGGUUCCCUUUAGUCACCAUGACUAGUAGCUGUUAACAGUUAGAUAACAAAUACUUAAAUAAAACACUGGAAUGACCCUUAAAAAAAGAAAUCACAGUAUUUUAAAAGUGAAACUCCCCACGUUGUCUAUAGAGCAAAAAAGAAAAUGGAAGAUAGGGGAAUAAAUUUAACUAAAUUUAAAUUGAACAUUUGAUCAGCUUUGAAUUAAUUUUUUUUCACUGACCUCUUGUUUACUUAAUUGAUUCUAAAUCUGACUCAAUCUCAGACUCUCUUCCUGCAGCUGUGGCCAACUUGUCCUGGAGUUUGGACCCAAACUAGACCUGGACCAAGAGAGUAAUUCAGCUUUUUAACCUCAUUCCGUUGUCUCCCUUGUGAUGUUUUAUGUCUCUCGAAGCAUGAUCAUAUGGGGUCAGAAUGUAAGAAUUGCCUUGCUGGGUCACACAGGAGGUCUGAGCGCACAUUUUUUCCUUAUCCAGAUGCCUCUCUGGGAAGAGUCACAAACAAGUCAUGCCAUUUGACAGUCAGAAAUAUUUACAUAUAGCAGCUCCAUUUUUAGUUGAAAAAACGAAAAUCUUUCUUUCCCGAAUUUGCCCAAUUCCCUUUUAAAACCAUCUAUAUUAUUCACCAUUGAUACACCAGCUGGCAUUAAUUCUCAGGGCUUAAGGUAUGACUUCUGUCAUAAAAGUUUCACAGGCCUUCCAGUUGCACAAUAAUAAUAAUAACAUUUGAUUUAUAUACCGCCCUUCACACUGGUGGCGGCAGGGUUUCUGGUGCCCAUGGUGACUCCCCAUGUGCACGCGCACGCGCAGCGCACACACGACCCCCGGACUGAGUGAUGACAUCACGUGAUGAUGUCAUCACGCAGCAAAGCCGGGCCAAUUGGCUGGCGGGAGGCUGGGGUGCAUGCAGAGGCUGUGAGGUGGGUGGGGCUGAGAGAGCUCCAGAGAGCUGCGACUAGCCCAAGGUCACCCAGCUGGCUACAAGUGAAGGAGCGAGGAAUCAAACCCAGGUAUGCAGAUUAGAGUCCUGCGCUCUUAACCACAACAACAAACUGGACAGGAUGUGAAUGGAAGGGGGUGGGUACCAAUGGCAUGAUGCACCUCCAUCUUUCUCCAAUGACUGAAGACACAUCUAUAUUGGAAUCAGGAGCUUUGUCCAGAGAGUAGUUCCACUGACCUUCUGAAUUUUUUUUUUCUACCAAUAGGACUAAUUUCUGUACCUUGUUUCUAACACAGACUGCUCUAGUAUUGAUUCCUUUACCUCUCCUCCACCACAGGGAGAAAAAAGUAGGAAAUGCAGAUUAUUCCACACCAGCCGUUAUUGUGAGGAGGCGACCCUUGUUAUGAUCGCCAAUUUGCUUUGUAAAGAGUUCUAAUAAAUAAGAUAGGCUUCAUUUUCUAGCGGGAGGGAAACAGGAAGGCGAAAUUGGGUGAGGGGGGGGUCAUGCUGGCCCUCUUCUAAGUCCGUUGUGUUUAAAAGGGUGUCAUUUAGGAUUGCACUGACGGGUUCUUUCAAAUGUUCUUUAGAGGCCAGUAUAUCACGACAAGCUGCAUCUGGAGGAAAACCGUAGUUAACAAAAGCUGUAUUUAUAUUAGCCUUAUCUAUCUUUCUCCUUCAGAAUGUUCAUUCAUGUUUUAGAGAAAGAUAGAACUUUUCGCAUCAAGCUCAAGAAAAAGAAGGCAUUUUCCAGCCAAUGUUAAGCAUCUUUAUAUCCCAUUAACUUUAAUGGGAGAGUUACACACAGGUGUUUAUAUUUCUUUCAGCAAAAUAAGUGCUGAACUUUGACGGUAUUGUGUCCACCAUUACACCAGUGGAAAAAGGGUAUUCAGGUUUUGCUUAUGUGUUAAUAACUGUAUUAUAAUAUUUAUUUGUUUCCUUCUCAUACUAUAUUGAGCACAUGACCAGCAUUUAAUAAAUAAUUAUAUAUAAAAUGAA